AUGACUUGCAGUUUCUUGUUGUACCCUGGGGUCUUGCUGACAGUCCUGGUCGUCCUCAGCCUGGGGGUACUUCCUGUGGAGGUGGACCCUAAUGGGUACAUACUGUACUGCCCCUGUAUGGGUCGGUUUGGGAACCAGGCAGAUCAUUUUUUGGGGUCGCUAGCAUUUGCACGCUCCCUCAAUCGUACGCUGGCGCUUCCCGCCUGGGUGGAAUUCAGAAAUCAUGCUCCCAGAUCGACGCAGAUUCCAUUUGACACAUACUUCCAAGUAGCUCCUUUACAAGAGUACCACCGUGUGAUAACAAUGGAAAAGUUCAUGAAAGAAUUGGCACCAGAAAUAUGGCCACCUGGGGAGAGAACGGUGUUCUGCUAUUCCAAGAGAGGUAACUCUGGAUGUGAUGCUAAGCAAGGCAAUCCAUUUGGACCAUUCUGGGACACUUACGAGGUGGACUUUGACCACUCAGAACUGUAUGGCCCCCUCUACUUUGCUCCGCACAGUCAGUUUGAAACAAAAAGAUGGCUUGAUAAAUACCCACCUGACAAAUACCCAGUCAUGGCUUUCACAGGAGCUCCUGCACAGUUCCCUGUGAACCCCGCAGAUGCUCCUCUCCAAAAAUACUUAAAAUGGUCCAAAAACAUUGAAGCAAAAGCAACAAAAUUCAUCAAGGAAAACGUUGAGAAGCCAUUCAUUGGUUUACACCUGCGGAAUGGGAUUGACUGGAGAAAUGCGUGUGACCAUGUGGAGCAGUCUCCUCAGAUGUUUGCCUCGCCCCAGUGCCUUGGACAACGUGGAGAAAAUGGUCCUAUGACAUACGAGCUAUGUUUUCCGUCCGAUAAAACCAUCAUAAGACAAGUGAAAGAGGCGGUGAAGAAGUACAAGGCCAAAACAGUUUUUGUGGCAACAGACCAGAGAGACAUGAUGACAGAGCUGGGCGAUGCGUUUAAGAAAAAGGUGAAGCUGGUAAAAUUUACCCCCUCAGAUCCUCACGUUGACUUAGCCAUUCUUGGAAAAGCCGAUUUUUUUCUGGGGAACUGUGUCUCAACCUUCACGGCUUUUGCUAAAAGAGAGAGAGAUGUUAAUGACUUGCCAUCAGGGUUUUGGGCUUUCCCAACCAAAUCCAAGAAAAAAACCAAGGAAGAACUUUAAAAUGAAAUGUUGUGGACUUGGUGUUUAGCAGAAUAUUCUUCCCCCAUCACCUUUUAAAAAAUUGGUUGCUUUCAAAUGGAACAAAAGCAGAGAUCAGUUGAACAUGAAUUCCAGUUGUAGUUUGUAGUGAAUUUAUUUAUUAUCAUUAUAUACACAAUUCCAGUUUUAGGUUUACAUUUUUUGUUUCCCUGAUGUAGUGGUUUACCAAAGGUAUCAUUCCAGCUUUUUGUUUUUAAAUGUAGUUUCCCCCAUUGACCAUUUUAUACUGGUUUAUACUAGUUCAGUAUUGUGUACAACUGUAGGAAUUCAGACCGGGGAUAUCACAUAAAGUACCCUGUUUUCUUGACCUUUUCUCACUUUCUCAUUCAGAAAAAAUUUUGAGAAACUUUUUUUUUUGUCACCAUGUGUACCAAGGGCCUGUGCUGGCUGAAUAAAUUGAUUGUUAAUCAGUAAAUCACCCAGACCUAUCAAGGUGCAGCAUAUUUGGCAGUGCCAAGGGGGCUAGCCCCCGCUCGGUGCAAUUACUCAGGAGCCUCCCACCAAUGUGGUCGCUGUGAGCUCAAGGCCAGCUCAUGCUGGCUUUGUCUCCGUCUGUAAGUGUGGAUGAUCAUGGGUUUCCCCAU